UCUUUGGAUUCGGUUUUGUAUGAGGAUGGUCCAUGGUAAGACUGGAACAGACCCGGCAGAACGACUUCGAGGAAAUCUUCUCUUUAUCUCUCAAUCUCAAUCUAGUAAAUUAAUAUGCUGUCCAAAAGGAGAACAAUAAUUUACAUCGUUCUUGCUAACACGGUGUGUAUAUUUUUCUAUUUAUUCGGGACAACAAUUUUGCAUCGGGAUAGUCCGCUCGACACUCGUUCCAAAAGGAAAGAUAAGACGACUACUGCACUAGAGCGCCAUGUUACUACUACACAGAGCAUACCAGAUAAUGUUGGUGACGAAGUGAACCCUGCCGCGAUCCAAACGCCUUCCUCUGGAAAGGAACUUAGUUGGAGAAAUAAAUUUCAUUGGGAAUCCAAAAUAGACCAGCAUGACUAUCGCAUCCUCAUUAACCCUCGGAAUAAAUGUAAGCAGUCGGAAAAUAUAACUUUGCUUAUCCUCGUCAAGACAAGAGUGAGUAACAUAAAAGAGAGGAAUAUUAUCAGAGAAACGUAUGGUCAGGGAAUAGUGAAGUAUAAUGUGUCAGCAACGAUUCUAUUUCUACUUGGAACAGAAAGUGAAUACAAUUCAGUUGCACAGGUUGAUCUCCAGAAGGAGGCUGAUCUACACGGAGAUAUUCUUCAAGAGGACUUCAUAGAUACCUACUACAAUCUAACCAUCAAAACCAUUAUGGGUUUCAAAUGGGCAUCGAUGUCAUGUAGCAAUACUUACUUUGUAAUGUCAACAGAUGAUGAUUGUAUCGUCGACGUCGUUAACCUUGCCAAUGAUCUCGAAUCAAACACAUCUUCGACGUUUCUUUCGAAUUUUGCUCUGGCCGAGCGAGCUAUCAACUGGAAACCACACCGAGAUCCUGUUUCUAAGUGGCACACUCCACGGGAAUUGUUUUCGGGUGAUACCUGGUUACCCUUUCCUCGUGGAUACGGUUAUGUUGUUUCCAGAGAGGUGGCUCAUCUUCUUUACCAAGCUUCUCAGAAGAUUGCUCCUCCUGCACCCUGGGAUGAUGUCUACUGUGGUAUACUCUUACAUUCAUUGGGGAUAGAGAUGCAAGAUAUCAUAGUUUGGUUUAAGACAAAGCAUACACAUGCACCAUCAAGAGCACCAUUGAAGGUUCAGGACCACUAUGUGAUUGGGGGAAAUGGAAAUACAAUGAUCAUGAUGAACGUAUGGACGGCAGUUGAAAAUAGGUACCAGAAAUAAACACGAAGAUACAUAAUAAGUAUAUUAUUAUGAUGAUGAUUUCCCCGGGAGUUUGCUGAUUCAAGAAAUGUGUGCUACAUACUAUCAGACUUUAUUGUAUCAAGUUGCUGAGUUGAAUUCUUUUAGCCGAAAUAUUUAUUUUCGCAAAAUGAUAAUGUGAUGUCAUCAGCAGUCGCACUUGCAGUGCACCGACCAACACCGCCACCAUGACCGACGUAUUGAUCAGAGUUUUUUUUUUUGAAUAACCUGUUUACCAGGGCUCUGGAACAAAGUAAAUCUUGUUCACUUCCUGGUUGAUUUUAUAUUCCAUCUUCCCUUUCUCUCCCGCAAAACUGGACAUUUACUGGAAAAGCUUAUAGAAUUUAGAUUUUUAAUGAAUUUCUACGUCAUUUCAAUAAAAAGUGUAAAAAAUUGAUAUCAUACAGUGGGGAUAGCAAAAGUGAAGGUAGGGGCCUACCUGGUUAUCCCUUUACAAAUAAAUAGGCCUACAUUUAAAAGUACAUAUGCACAUAUACAGUUAAACACUAAAGGAAUUUUUAUAACUAUUGCAUUAUUGUCAUAAUCGUCAUCUUCGUUUUUAGUAUUAUCGGAAUUUCAGUUGAUAUUUAUAAUCUGUCAUUAUUGAUGGUGAAUGCCUGUUUUUAAUGGAAAAUAUGAUUUCCCAUUGCUUCACUAAACUCAUUAAAAAUAAAAAACGAUUUUAACCGCUUAAGAGCUAUGAUUUCAAAAGUGUAUUUUCAUUUGGUAUAGAAAAAUUACUUUAUCAUAGUAUUCAGAUUUAUCAUUGUGUUGAAUCCAGCAUGCGAACGCAUCAUUCGAACAGUCAUCAUUGCACAUUCAAAGAUUCAUGAUUGUUAUCAGAAUGAGUAAGGAAAUUGUAUUCAUUCAUGAACAAAGUUGAAUUAGUUUAAACUUUGCUUAACGUUAUGUAAUCCAAAUGAAAUGUAUUUUGAAUUUAUACAAGAAUGUGAUCUAAGAGCACGCGUGUCUCAACUGUAUGCUGAAUACGAUAGGCUUGGAGUUCAUUUUCUCCAGUUUGGUGUGUAAGAGUGGCUAAUUGGUUUUCGGAUGCUGCUGAAGCUGAGUAAUUUCUUGUCACGUACAUGCACCAAGGAAUUCCCUGCAUGCAUGCAUAGUCACUUGAUAAUGCCCAUUGUAUGAUGUGUUCUUGUAAGUCAUACAACCGAUCUGGGAUCGUUUCACAAAAGAUGGUAACUUUGUCAUUUGGUAACAACAAUGGUGGCACAGCCCUGCAACCAAUCAAACUCCAGGCUUCCAUGGUGGUUACUGCAACGGCAAAGCUACCAUAGUAACUUGUUAUUAGAAUACUUAAUAUUCAUGAUAUUAGAAAUUAGGAGGGAGGUGGGGAGGAGAGGGUGACGAGCUGCUUGAUCAAUAUCAGGCUACCCGCGCGUUAUAGGCCAUUUUCUCUGUUUUGAAUAAACCAAUGUCGAAAUUUUUUCAAGCCCCCCC